CAACAAUUCUGAUUACAACAUUGUUUCAGGUAAUCAUGAGUGAUGAGGGAGAAAAGACUUGUCCUCUCUGCGCAGAAGAGAUGGAUUUGACUGAUCAGCAGUUGAAGCCAUGUAAAUGUGGUUAUGAGAUAUGUGUUUGGUGCUGGCAUCACAUCCUGGAUAUGGCUGAAAAGGUUGAGACGGAGGGGCGGUGUCCUGCCUGUCGCUCCCCUUAUGACAAGGAAAAGAUUGUUGGGAUGGCUGCAAACUGUGAGAGGAUGGUGGCUGAAAUCAGUAUGGAUAAAAAAAAGUGCCAGAAGGUUAAAUCCAAACCAUCCGAGGGACGGAAGCAACUCAGCAGUGUCCGCGUGAUUCAACGGAACCUUGUAUACAUAGUUGGCUUGCCUCUAAAUCUGGCAGAUGAAGAUCUUCUCCAAAACCGUGAAUAUUUUGGUCAGUAUGGCAAGGUUCUAAAAGUGUCCAUGUCUCGGACAGCAGCUGGUGUAAUUCAGCAAUUUCCAAACAGUACAUGUAGUGUAUAUAUUACCUAUUCAAAAGAGGAGGAAGCGAUUCGUUGUAUUCAAAAUGUACAUGGAUUUAUUUUGGAUGGUAGAUCCUUAAGGGCUUGCUUUGGAACCACAAAGUAUUGUCAUGCUUGGCUAAGAAAUGUGCCUUGCAGCAAUUCGGAUUGUCUCUAUUUGCAUGAGAUUGGUCCUCAAGAGGAUAGUUUCUCUAAAGAUGAAAUAAUUUCAGCAUAUACAAGGAGUCGAGUUCAACAAAUUACUGGUGCCACAAACAAUUUGCAGCGACGUUCCGGGAAUUUGUUACCACCACCAGCAGAUGAAUAUUAUAUUAACAGUUCCACUUCAACUGGAAAGCCCAUUGUCAAAACAACUAGUCAGAAUAUUGCAAGUGUUGUUAGAAGUUCUCCACCAAAUGGAAGUUCUGGUAGAUCCAUAGCUCUUCCUGCUGCGGCCUCAUGGGGAAUGCGAGCUACUGAUGGCCAUCUGCCAGCUUCCAGUAUAUCAAGUACAAACGGACCUUCUAAGCAGAAACCUGAUACAAUUGCUAGUACAUUGGUAUUUCCAUUGGCAGUUACAGGCUUAGCUCAGGCUUCCACAUUAAAUGGUGAUGUUGGCAAGAGGCCAAUAUUGAAUGAAGAUAUUCAAACUAUGAACCAAACAAGUAAGGAAUCAUUAAACCUUUUGAAACAGCAUAGAAUUAUGGAUUCUCCAACCAACCCAUUCAAGAAACUUGCCACACCAGAUGGAACUCGUGCUUCUUUAACAUUGAGCAGUGACUUCACAUGUCCACCAGCAUCUGCUGACAAUGAUAGAGGUAUAAGUCUGCUACCAGAGAUUACAAAUUCUGCUUAUAUUGAGGAGUCCUGCGGUUCUACCACUGAAAAAUUAGGGGUUGAAAGUGAUAGACAGAUCCAGAACUUAUGCUCUGAUAUGUCGUUAAUAAGUAUUGAUAGAAUUGCCAGAGAUGAACAUGCUGUUGCAGUCAGACCUAAUGAUUCACUUUAUGAUCCGAUCUCGAUUAAAGAACCUGGAAAUCAAGGGUUGCAGCAAGAUUAUGCUGAGCAAAAUAGAGAACCUUUAAUCUCAACAGUUGGUAAAGCUACUGCCAUGAAUGGGGUGUAUGUAUCGAGAGAACAAUAUGACUGUAAAUCAGAUUCACGUACUCAAGGAAUACAAGAUACAUCUUCUGAAGUAGAAGAUGAUAUACUAUCUUUUGAGAGUCAAAGACUCAAGGAUCCAGAAGUUGUAAGUAGGUCUACCUAUCUAACCAAUUUGGGUAAUUCGUUCCAUGUUUCAAGGUCUCAUCCUCUUCAGCAUGGUGAGGAUUAUGGUGCACUUAGUUUAAAUGCCGAUCGUCCGAUAUCUGUGGAUAAUAGAGUUAACGAUGGUUUGCUUCUAGAUUCAUCUAGCAUUUCAGUGAUUUCUAAUGCUUUCCCUGAGAACUUGGUCAACAAUGCGUCUGGUUUGGAUAUGACCUUGGAGCAUUCCUUUUUGCAUCCAAAUGACAAUAAAAGGAAGCAAAUGAGAAGUUUCCUGGGUGGUGUGACGAAUAAUGAGGGCAAUGCUGCUGGUGUAGAUAAAGGAGAGAGCAGUAUAAUCUCAAAUAUAUUAUCAAUGGACUGUGACACAUGGGGUGAGUCGUUGGCAUCCCCUCAGAAUCUGGCUAAUUUGUUUAGGGAAAGUGAUAAACAGUCUGGUUCUCACAUAAUAUCAGGUUCCUGGAAAGCACCAAACAACAAUCAGUCCAGGUUUUCUUUUGCAAGGCAUGAGGAAUCGAGAAGUCAACCUUUUGAUGUACAGCAAUCUUUCGAUGCCUUUGAGCAAUUGCCAAUGAACCGAUCAUUCAGCCAGUAUUGUGGUGGAAGAGAUUUAUAUUUGGACAAACAAGGGAUUGGCAAUGGCUUCUCUUCCCGAAAUUUUGAAGAAUCUGAGAAUUUUGCCAACAUUCAUCCCGUUUUCUCUCCUAAUAAGCUUUCUGGUGUUUCUAGAGCACAAAUUUCAGCCCCACCUGGAUUCUCUAUGCCAAGCAGGGCACCACCACCGGGUUUUUCCUCUAGCAAGAGAAUGGACCAGGCACUUGACCCCAUGACUGGGAAUCAUUUGCUUGACACAUCCUCCUUGUUGAGAAACUCAUAUCAGACGAUGCCCACUGGAAAUAUUGUUAAUACUGGUGAUAUUGAGUUUAUGGAUCCUGCAAUUUUGGCUGUGGGUGAAGGGAGACUUCAAGGUGGGCUUAUCAAUCCAGGCUUAGACAUGAGAUCAACUUUCCCUCCACAAUUAAGUGCCUUUGAAAAUGACUCCAGAUUUCAGCUAUUGAUGCAAAGCUCGCUGUCCCCGCAGCAGAACAGGAGAUUUGCUGACAUUGAUGAUAAUUUUUCACAUCGUAGCAAUUCUUAUGGCCUUUCUACAAGGCUUGCGGAUCAAUCACAAGCGAGCAACCUAUCCCCUUUUGCUGCACAGCUGUCCCUCCAACAGUCUAGAAAUGCACUUAUGUCUAAUGGCCACUGGGACAGUUGGAAUGAAGUUCAAGGUGGGAAUGGUCUGGGUAUGACAGAGCUCCUAAGAAAUGAUAGACUGGGGUAUAAUAAAUUUUAUACCGGCUAUGAAGAUUCAAAGUAUCGGAUGCCGAGCUCUGGUGAUCUUUAUAACAGGACAUUUGGGAUGUAAUUCUUGUCAGGUGAUACUUUUUGCAUGGCUGGCAGUGCUUAAACUAAACACGAAAAUAAUCUUGUGCAAUUUGGUAGCGCCAUAUUGAGGGGAUGUCACUGACUCACAAUUCAUAACCGAUCUCAACAGUCCGAUGAAGUGCCAAAAACUCCUGAAAGAUAUGGGGUCUGGCUGCGAUCGGGUCUUGUAUUCAGAAAAUUGUUGGCAGCAGAUGUGUCUACAGCCUAAGUUGCAAAAUCUGAUCUCAAAAUUUUCAAACGGAAUGAAGACUGAUUUCUUAGUAAUGGCUUGAAUGCUUGCCCAUUAUCUGGUGAACUAAGCUGUGAUUGUACAAGUCAUAUGAAAUCAUGACAUUGAUGGAUAGAAUAGAUUUUUGGUGCUGGUUGAAUGCUUCAAUUGAUCAAAAAUAGGCUGGCAGAUGCUCCAGAUGUUCCAAGAGUGUUGCUCCCAAAAUACAUAGAUGGAAUCUGAACGUCUCUCUUCUUCGACUCUAACAUUCACUGCCUUCUCAAUUCUAACAAAAUGUGAAAUUGGGGGGCGGCCGGGGCCCUCAGGGUUUCGACUUUCUAGGGACAAGAAAUGCCCCCUCAAUACAGUUCAAGAGUAUAACCAUCAUCUACUCACAUGUUUCAUUCGCAUUUUUGUUUCCCGGAUGUGUGUACAUGUCUUAAAUUAUUUUGACCUUUGCGAGACUUUCUUUUUGUCUGAAGAAAUGUUGAAAAUAUCUCUUUGAUGUA